AUGACCAAAAACAUCAAGAAGAAUGAAAGAAAACCUAGUAAAUAUCUUGUUCACUGGCUCGAUUUAUCAAUGAGUGAGAAGAAAUCCCAACAUGUUCUUUAUUUUGAGGGGCAGAGAGCGAGAAGCGAGAAUGUAGAUGUAGGUCGUUAUACUCAAUGA